CACCGAUUUCUAAUCCCCUUUUGCUCAGUUUAGGUGCUACUUCGUUUACCCUCCCUGUUUUACCCUCCCGAUCGACUUCCCCUUUGCGUCUUCUCUUCCUUCCUUCUAGCUUCUGCUGAUUUGCUCAGUUUCUGCCGAUUUGCUCCCUCUGUCUCUCAACAUUUUCUUUUCUUUUUCUUUACAACAUUUUACGCUUGGCCUUCUCAACCAGUCAACAUUCCUUCACCGCUGAAUAGCCAUUCCAUUCCACGGGAGUAUUUUUUUUUCCCUUUUCGUUUUUUGCCCUCAGCUUCAUCUUCUUCUUUCCUUUCCAUCUCUGCGUUUCCCUUUUUUCCUUCUUAUUUCCCUUUAUCUUAUUUCUCUUUUUUCCUUCAUUACUGAUGUUGAAAUUCCUCUGGAAAAACCAUAAAAAAGACAUCAAUAUCAGCUUCAAGAAUCAGAGGAGAGAAAUUCAAGAUUGCUCCUUUUUCUCUCUAUAAAUUAAUUAUUAUUAUCGAAAAUGGCUAUUUCCUUUGUUUAUUUGUUAAUCGACAAUGAGCGAUCAAUCGGAGGAAUUGCCUCUCAUGGCUCCCCCACCGACACUGACCCCAACGAGAUCGACCUCGAGGCAGGUCCAGCCGAUCAAAUUCAGUGUCGAAUUUGCCUCGAAAUCGACGGUAGAGAUUUUAUUGCUCCUUGCAAGUGCAAAGGAACAUCAAAAUAUGUACAUCGGGAAUGUUUAGAUCAUUGGCGAGCUGUAAAGAUGUACCUUUAAGAGUGAGAAAGGGAUAACAUCUAACUUAUUAGAUGUACCUUAUUAGAUGUUGAGAAUGCGCUUGCGAAGUUCACAUGGGCUAAAGAAGUUCAUAAGAAGAUGGUUAAGCUGAAAGAGGAAGGCAAACUGAUGCCAAAAGAACUUUGCUGAGGUAGGUUCACCACUGGUUUUUUCAGUUAUGUUUUUGCUGAUCAUAUGUUGAAUGAUUAAAAUGUAUGAGCUAGUGUAUUUAUGCUUAUUGCUCAAUUUUUCCGAUCUUAAAUUCUCUAAGUUAAUGUAUUUUUGUCUUUUGGUUGCUGCUCGGUGAAUAUGAUGUUGAAUGUAGGAUGAGCUAUUUGAAAGAUAAGUAAGAUAUUUGUCUGAGAAGGUAGGGGAGUUAGUUAUGCAUAUUAUCUGAGUCAAACUAAUGAUUGUAUAUCUUGUUGUUCAGACUAUAGUUUGAGUGUCUGAUAUAUAUGUUUGACACGGGUGUGUUAUGUUCAUUUUUUGUCCAAUUUUUUUAAUGUAUUUGGAGUAUUUUUAGAGGAUUAUCUCCCUAUAUUCAUUCUAGUCCCAGACUUGCAUCAAACAUGGAUGCAUAAAGGAAAAGAAAGAGUCGAACUAACAUAGAGUUACAGAUGUUUGGUCUGCUGAUCUGCAUUAUGCUUUUUUGGUUCAAUGCCAGAUUGCUUAAAAGACUGAGAUGUCUGCCUUCAUUCAUCUUCAGUUGCUGAAAUUCGCAUUUGAGUUCGGAUGAAUGUUUCUCCCACAGUUUAAAACAUCAAUGACAAGUAUUAGUUUAUGCAUCUCUCUCUUUCUCCAUUGCAAAUGUCAUUCGUUUUAUUUUUUUAUCUUUUGCAAGUGCAAAAGCUAAUGGGUUCAACACCAUUGGAUCUUGCCAAGUUUAAUAUGGUAAAGAGUGGAGAAAUGAGUCGUAAUGCUCCUUGUCCAUGUGGUUCCAAGAAGAGAUACAAAAGGUAAUUUGGCACACUAUUUCCCAGCGAUCUGUGUUGCUGUGAGUAGCUCAUAACCUGGACACAGUGCUUAAGAGAUUUUAUGUCCUCAACCAUGGAAUGUUUUUCCAGUGCCAGUGUUGUUCCCUUCAAGUAGCACAAUUUGUUUAUCUUCUUUCAUAAGAAGUUUUGCUUUGUGAGCUAGUUUCGUUUUGAUACUUAUAUGUUGUUAGGGUCUACUUUAGUAUCUAACUUUACAAGUAGGUCUAUUUUGACUAUGAAUUUAUAUUCCGUCCAAAUUUAAUGAUGUGAGACAAUCUUAAAGUGUUAUGUCAAUAAAAUUUUAUAUAUUUCAAGUUCAAA